AGUUUUAUCUGUCAAAAAAUUGUUAAAAAUAGUUUUGCACUUAAAAGUUGGAUUAAAAACAUAAAAAUUAUGGAUGCGGUCGACAUUAUGCUAAAUGCUGCACUAAAAACAAUUGAUUGUUAUUAUAAAGAACAAUUGUUAAAAGAGGCUAAUAGAAAAUUGGAAUAUAAACAGACUGGAUCAGCUGCAAUAAAUAGGAAAAAGAAAGCUAAGAAGAAGCAUUCAGAGGAUUUCAAAGGAUUCAACUAUAAAGAAAUGAAGGAAUCCAGACGUUUAUAUAAAAAUGAGAUGGAUUACUAUAACACACAAAUAUUUACAAUAAACGAAAUGAAGAGCAAGUUAAAUAUUUCUACAAAUUGCAAUGAUCUCCAUGAUUCCCAAUCCUCUAGUUCUUAAAAUGAUGUGCCGCGUGUUGAUAUUAAUUAAUAUUUAGGAGUUGUUAACAUGACCACGUUUUAUGAUAUCA